GCAUCUACCACCCCAUUCCAGAGUCAAUGCCUUUCGUGCUCGCAGAUUGCGGCGGGUCUCCAGACUUGUGCGCGCUGCAAGGCUGCAAAAUACUGCUCUCGAGAAUGCCAAGCUGCCCACUGGACAGCCCACAAGUCAGCUUGCAAACGUCUCAACUACGUGUUCAAGGUGUCUCUGGAGCCG